UUAUUGAAACAAAUGGACGAGCUGUGUCACUAUUUUCUACGAAUGCAAGAGGUGGGGUACUUGCGCGACAUUGACCCGAGACGGGUGUUCUUGAAUUAUCCUGAAUUGUACAUACAUAAUUCAAAGUUCUGGAAACGUGCUAUCAUGCCAAUGCUCGAAAAUUCGAGAGAACGUGGUGUGCCUUUGGAUCCGAGUCUGUUGAAAGCAGGUUUCGAUCGAAUCGAUGAGUGGUGGCCAUGCUAUACGACAUUCAUUUAUGGACACAGCGAUUGUCAUACGUACGUUCAGAAAUGUCAAAAGGAGCAUGAAUUAUUCAAAGAAUUCGUUGCGUGGGCUGAGUCACAAGACACAAUGCGACGUCAACGACUGCUGGAUGCGUUAACAAAUCCGAUGCAACGCCUCACCAGAUAUAGUCUCCUUUUGAAAGCAGUCGUCAAAAACAGUACUGAUGAUUCAGAACGAGAACUUAUUCAGGAGAUGAUCGCACGUAUUGAAGCGGCCACUCGUAACGUUGAAGAAACGUUGACGAAUAAUGAUUUGCAAGAUAAACUUCAUGAAUUGUCGAAGACAAUCGAAAGUUAUGAUGCGAUCGAUAGUGAUGAAUUUGAGAAGAUAUUUCCAAUGAAAUGCGAUAUACGGCUGACGGAACCAAUGCCGUACAUUAUUGGGCCACCACAAUUUAGACGGGUUUAUUUACGAGGUGAUCUGAAGUUUAAAGAUGGAAAGCAAGGCACGAAGAUUGAUAUUCACUGUAUUCUGUUCACGGAUCUGUUCUUGAUUUGUAAGGCGACAAAUAAGCGCGCGGAUCGUUUGAGGGUGUUGAAGCCUCCGAUGCAUAUUGCGAAAAUUUGUCUGCAGCAAUUUUAUGAUUAUUCCGGUUUUGCCGUCUCACCGAUGAACGAUUUUGGUGUUCCGACAGCACUCUACUAUUUCUUUACGCCGUCAAUUGAUGAAACACGUAAAUGGCUUGAG